AGCUUUUAAGUUUUCACAUUAUAAUAGUACUAUUAUUAUCGGAGGAAAAGUAGGGAUGACAUUGACCAAGACCUUCCAUCCGGCUUUUUGUAAAUAUCUCAUUAACUUGGAACAAAUAAACCCAUCUCAUCAUCUCCUACCAAUUCCUUGCUCGUUUUCCUCCAUAACUCCCACAAAUGGAAAUGCUUCCCCAACCCAUUUUUUCAUCCACUUUUGUGUGCAUCAUCACCAUCUUCUCCAUCUUGCCCUUUCUCCCACCAUCAUACAGCGAUCGCUUGGAUGAGUUCAUAGAGUGUAGCCGUUCUGCUUCCUUCGAGUGCGGCCGCCUUGGAACCUUUCACUAUCCUUUUUGGAACGACGAUACUCCGGAGUAUUGUCGGCCGCUUGGAUUCUACUUGAAAGACUGCGAAGGAGUUCCCACAAUAGAGUUUGGCCCAGAUAGUUCAUUCCUCCUGCAGCACGUAAACCCAUCAGAUUACAACAAAUUGACCAUUGCUCCAAUGAAUUUACAGUCACUUAUUUGUUCCGAGACAGCACAUCACGGAACUCUGCUGCCUUCUUUCUUCAAAUUCUCUGAAACCAACAAAAACUUCAGUCUGUUCUAUGACUGUCUUCCACCUCCUUGCGAACCGCCUGGAAUUAGGAUUGCUGAUUGCGGACCCAAUGGAACCUUCUACACGAAUGAUUCAAAACUUGAGGGGUAUGAUGAUUGCGAGUGCGAUUCUGUGGAAGUUGAGGUUAAUCAGACGAUUUUCAACAAAGUCCACAACGGGGAACUGACAUUGGUUGAUGCUUUGAACCAAUUUUGCUUUGAUGUGGAGUACAGCUGUAGUGCGGUUUUCUGUGAUCAAUAUGAGGAGCUAGGUGGGAAAUGCGUAAACAAUUCGACUUCAGAUCAGUAUCUACGAGAAGCAUGCCUGCAUCAUCCAGGUAUGGAUUAUCUAUGCAAAACCAUUUGUUUUUAAUUUGGUGUAGUGAUUACGGGCUUAGGAUCAUUCUGUAUUGGCAUUCGCAUUCAACACACAAUUGAGUCUAUACUAUGGUUUCCUGGAAACUCACUGCUU